AUGGAAAAAAGAUUGGCUCAGAGAUCGGUCAGUGUUCCCAGCAGACAACCACCUAAUCUGAACAAGAGAGUUCAGCCGAAGCAAGUUGAGGAGACGAAUAUAAGCGUUUACGUGAGAUGCCGUACACGAAAUGAUCGGGAAAUUAAGGAGAACAGUGGUGUUGUGGUUUCAACUACAGGAAACCGCGGGAAAGAGGUCAUUCUUCAAACUGGUCCGAUGAACAACAUCAACAAGACAUACACGUUUGACCGUGUUUUCGGGGCUGAAAGUGACCAGGAAACAGUUUACGAAGGAAUUGCUGCUGGUGUUCUUGACGAGGUGCUACGUGGUUACAAUUGCACUGUUUUUGCGUAUGGUCAGACUGGAACGGGAAAGACAUAUACCAUGUCCGGAGACAUAGAUACCAACAGCGGAUCCCUUGGAGAUAAUGCUGGUAUCAUUCCGAGAACCUUGAUCGACUUGUUCAAAAACCUUCAGAGUGUUGCAGAAUACUCUGUGAGGAUAUCAUUCAUUGAGCUAUACAAUGAGGAGCUCCGAGACCUUCUUUCUCCUACGUACGAUGACGAGGAGAGAAAAGUCAAAAUAUUUGAUGGGUCUACGAAAAAGUCCAUCAAGGUUCAAGGGAUGGAGGAAAUAUUCAUCAAAUCCCCUGAGGAGGGCUUGAAACUGCUGAGAGAUGGUUCAAUAAAAAGGCAAGUUGCCAGCACCAAAUGUAACGAUCUCUCUUCGAGAUCCCACACGGUGUUUUCCAUAACAGUACACAUGAAGCUUCCUGAUGUCCUAAGUGGUGAGGCUUUCAUGAAGGUGGGGAAACUGAACCUGGUGGAUCUAGCCGGCUCUGAGAAUAUCAGUCGCUCAGGUGCAGAGAAUAAACGGGCAAGGGAAGCGGGAAUGAUAAACCAGUCAUUACUUACUCUCGGAAGAGUGAUCAAUGCUCUAGUGGAGAAUUCGCCUCACAUUCCUUACCGUGAGUCCAAACUGACGAGGUUACUCCAAGAUUCUCUUGGUGGCCAAACAAAGACUUGCAUUAUAGCUACAAUAUCUCCUGCAAAAGUCUCGCUGGACGAAACGCUGAGUACGCUCGAGUACGCAUAUCGAGCAAAAAGCAUCAAAAACAAGCCUCAGGUGAAUCAGAGCAUGAACAAGUCCCUACUAAUAGGGGAGUAUAUCGAAGAGAUUGAGCGGUUGCGCAGAGAUCUGAAUGCUACCCGCAUGAAGAAUGGGGUAUAUCUUACCGAUGAAGAUCACAAACUACUGCUUGAUCAAAGCGAAAGCCGAAGAAUUUUGGCUAGAGACCUGGAAGGAAAGACUAUGAUGCUUGACGAAAGGGUCAAGAAUUUGAAGCUGAAGAACGACGAGUUACUAGAGUCGACGAAGAAGAGCGAGAUGACUUUGCGAGAGAAAGAAAUGGAACUGUCUCAGAUUUCCAAUGAUCUACAGUCAAACCAGGUGACAAUAUCAGAUCUCCAAAUGAGGCUCGAAAAGAAAGAUCUUGCGUUUGAAAUGUUACAGAAGACUGAGAGGGAGCUCCAAGGAAAAUGUCAAGUGUACGCAUCAGGACUGGGAGAGUCUGUUGAGAUGAUUCAAGCGUUGUCAUCAGUGAUCUCAAAGAAGUUUCUGCUCGAGCAAGGAAACUUGGACAUGAUCGCAGCGACAAAAAAGAACCUUUCUGCUCAACUUGACCACUCAUGCGAGAAAAUAUGCAGUCAGAUACAGUCAGAAUUGGAUGAUUUUUCAUCCAAAACCUCAGCUUUUAUCGGGAAAAGUGUCAAUAAUCAGACCAGCUCUAUUUCUCUUGCUCUUGCUGAUCUAAGAAGAAUGAUCCAAGACUCGCUAAUGAAAGAUGAUGCCUCUAGAAUUCAUGAGGCACUUCGCGAGGCUGAGAAAACUGCGUCUAGCUCUGCUUCAGCACUAGUCAAGUAUGGCGAGGAAUAUGAGAAGUCAGCUUCAGAUGCGCUGUCUACCCUUAGCACAGAGAUUCACGAAACAAAACGCAAGUUCCAAACCGAACUCGCUAAGCUUUCUACCAAUCACGCCUCUUGGUUUUCAAGCUUUGAUAAAUUGUUCAAUUCUCUGCUGACUGUGGUAGAGGAGCAGAUGGGCGAGCAAGUACACGCGGUGUCUCUUUUUCAAAAAGCGUUGCUGUUGCAUAAGCAACAGCAUGAGAGAGAGCUCGAGAAGUACAAGAAUGAGAUUCUGAGUCUUCAAAAGGAGGCUAAUGAUGACGAGAAAAGAGCACUGCUUGAUCUAAAGUCGCAGAUUCACGAUCUUUUCCAAGAGCACGAUUCCAGAAGAGACUCUAGAGAACAAAUUAAGGCUAAUGAAUGCUCGGCACUGGUUGAUUCUUUGGUGGCCAUGCAUGGUACCGAAAUGGACCAGCAUCACGGGACAUUAGAUGGUCUGAAAGAAAGUACCUCUCAGUUCUCUGCUAGUGUUAAGGGUGAACGGUCGCGCAUACAUGAUAAGGUCCAUUCCAUGAGUGAGGUUGCAGCAAAAUCGGCCGAGCAGUUUUCGAAAACAGUGAAUGAUGGUCUGGGAAAUGUUGAUACUUCUAAAGAAUCCAUUCGUGCCAUAGUGAGUGAUGUGGGGCAAAGGGUGGUGAAAUCUGCCAAUGACAUACUAUCUGAUGUUCAAAAGAUGCACAGGUCAGCAACAGACGUUCUUGCCAAUGUCUCUCAGCACAACGAAAAACUUGUGAAGGUUUGUGACACUCACCAAACGCAUUUCACGGAGUCUCUACAGAAUCUUGUUCAAGAAGCGUCUUCGUUCAAUGAACAGGAAUCGACUGCUACAGUCCACAGACUGAUAGCUGGAUCACAGAAAGCAAAGGCUGGAAUGAACAUGGCGAUUUCCAAGACUUGCAUCAAAAAAGACGAUCAGAAGAUCCCUUCAAUUCCCGAGUACAAUAUCAGUUUGGAUAUCCCAUCAAAGCAUGCCGGAGAAGGACUUCAUGAGCACUCAAUGAAGAAGAGGAGAGUGGCAGACGAAAAGGAAAACGACCAAACGACCAAAGUUUUGGCCCCCAGCGCACAAUUUGGUAGAGGCCAAGUUUUGAAGCCAGCCAACAGAUGA